CCCUUCCUUCCUGAUAUAUAUAUAUAUAGUCCCGUAAGUCUACUCUGUCUGACUGAAGGGUCUGUUCUCUUACCACAGGGCAGACACAGAGCAGCCUGAGACACUGGACCAUGUUUCCGUUGCAUUCCAUCUCCAUCCUGGUCCUCAUGAUCUGCCUGGGCCAGCCGACCCACAUGCAGGAUGGGCACCUACCCAGACCCUACAUCUUUACUGAACCAGGCAAUGUGCUACCUAGAGGGAUACCAGUGGUCAUCAUGUGCAAGAGCCCUGUUGGGUUUGAUCGGUUCCGCCUGGAGAAGGAAAAUCUCAGAAUCAUAGAUGUGAUAAACUCCUCUUCUUCUAAGACAGAAGCCAGGUUCUACCUUGGUAGAGUGAGUAAAGACACUGUCGGACACUAUAGAUGUCUCUAUGAGGUAAAGAACACCUGGUCUCCACGCAGUGAGACCUUGGUUCUGGAGGUCAUUCAUGAGGACACCACCCCAGCCUCUGCUACAAUCACAGAAGUUACCCCAGGCUCCACACUCCAGAGUUACAAGGUGUGGAAUGGUGUCUGCAUGGCCCUGGCUGGGGUAAUCUUGCUGGUCCUGGGGGCAAUCAUUGGAGAAGCUUGCUACAGCAAGCAAAAGUCCGCAGAUAGCUUCAGAACCCCAGGAGGACACAACCAAGGGGACUGA